AUGAAAAAUUUCGGCAAUUUUAAAUUCUUCGAAGAAUAGAAAGCUAAACUCCCUCUCUACCUUUAUACCUAAAUAUUCAAGAACCUCGAUUACCAGUAUGUCUAAUAAUACGAUACAGUUUUUAAUUAUGGUGAUAUGGGAUCCACAUUUUAUAUCAUUCUUAAGGGAUAAGUCAAUGUACUAUUACCAAAACCGCACGUCUAGGAUGAUCUCAAAUAUGGUAGGGUUACAAUAUAGGAAUUGCAGUAAAGAAUAGAAAAUGAGAAGUCAAAUUAAUUUAGUGACUUUGAUGAGUUUUUGCAGGUAGCUUAUCAAGACUUCGUCAAAGUGAGAAAUCUUACUGCUGGUGAUACUUUUGGAGAUUAUGCCUUAAUAACAAAAUCCAAAAGAACUGCCACAAUUCUCUGUUACACAGAUUGUCAUUUUAUGAUAUUACAUAAAAAUGCUUUUGAUCGUAUUUUGUAUGAACACCAUAAUUCUAUUCUAAAGUAAUAAUUAGCUUUUUUUGAAAAUAUCUCAUAUUUGCAUGGGAUUCCAGAUUAGCACUUAACAUAGUUGAUGCAUUAGAUGAUUGAGUUCACACCUCAAUUGAAUAGUACAAUAUACAAAGAGAAUGAAGAAUCACACUCAGUAUAUUUUAUAAUAAGUGGGGAAGUGGAGUUAUCGUAUCAAUUGAAUAGCUGGUAAAGGAUAGUGAUUUCUUUGAUGACAAAGGGAGCUAUUUUCGGAGAGGAAGAAGUACUAAAAGGAAUUCGGAGAACCUAGAAAGCUAUUUGUAAAAGCAAUGAGACUGUGCUUAGAACAUUGAGUGCAUAGUAGUUUAUGUCAACCUUGGAGAUUCAUAAUUUGAAAUUGGCAUGUUCAGAGCAAUCUGAUCAGAAAGCCUAGAGAUAAUCGAAAUAGAUUUUGUUGAGGAGAAAAGCCACAGAAUCUCUUUUACUUUGUUGUCCAGUGGCAAAGAAGAGAGACAACAAUUUAGAUUCUGAAAUAACUCGAUUUCAUUCAACCAGAUAAAUUUCCCUUAGUCAUCGUUUCUAAUUAAAUCCUCCAAUCACACAUUCUAAUUGUCUUAUUCCAAUUUAGAUUCCGCACUACAUUAAGUUGAUGCCCUAAAAUCAGAAGCCUCCUCCUCUAUAGUCGAGACUAGGAACGAAUUUCAAUCGUCUAAGGAAUAUUUUGAAAACUGAAAGAAGUGAAGGGAAUAUAUAAUAGGGAUCAUCAUAUUUUUCUCAGUGUUCUUCUCAUCAACAAUAAUUAUCUCCUAAACAAUUUAUUAACAUCCAUGUGGAGAGAUUGCGUAAAUCCAGAUACAAAUGA